CCUCAAUACAGAAGCUGGGGGCUCGGCUCCCCCCAGACACCAGUGUGUGGCCUCUCAAGGCCCCUGUGCCAUGAUGAGUAGUACGGGGCCUUUUCUGCAAUGGGCCCAGGAGGUGGCCGCACUGCUGCUGCUGCGGGUGCGGCGCACGGUGCUGCAGACAGCUAUCCUGCUCUGCGUGCUGUUGCUGCUGCUCUGGAUCGCUGUCUUCCUCUAUGGCAGCUUCUACUACUCCUACAUGCCCACCGUCAGCUAUGUCAGCCCUGUGCAAUACGGCUUCAGGACAGACUGUGGCUUGCCAGGCCCUGAUCUCUGCUCCUUCCCCAUUGCCAACAUCUCGCUGGUCAAAAACAACCGGGACAGGGUGCUGAUGUAUGGGCAGCCUUACCGCAUCUCCCUGGAACUGGAGCUGCCUGAGUCGCCUGUGAACCAGGAGCUGGGCAUGUUCAUGGUGGUGAUGUCCUGCUACACCAAGGGUGGGCGCAUCGUCUCCUCCACAGCCAGAUCGACCAUGCUACAUUACCGCUCAGGCCUGCUCCAGACCCUGGAUACCCUGGUCUUUGCUGGGCUCUUCUUCUUGGGCUUUGCUGAGCAGAAGCAGAUGGUCGAGGUGGAGCUGUACUCGGACUAUAGGGAGGACUCGUAUGUCCCGACUGUUGGAGCCGUGAUAGAAAUCCAGACCAAGCGGAUCCAGAUCUAUGGGGCACAGCUGCGGAUCCAUGCCCACUUCACGGGCCUGCGGUACCUGCUCUAUAAUUUCCCAGUGACCUCGGCCAUCCUGGGCGUGGCCAGUAACUUCACCUUCCUCAGCGUCAUCGUCCUCUUCAGCUACCUGCAGUGGAUCUGGGGCAGCGUGUGGCCCCGGGAGCCCCUCUCGGUACAGGUGAACACGCGGGACGGGGCCAGCCUGCAGCAACGGCGAGAGGAGGCACGACGGCGCCUGGCUACCCCCAGGCCAGAAGACCAAGAGGAGCUGACAACACUGCAGCCUGAGGCCACGGGGCUGGGCAAGAAUGACCAGGAGAGGGUUCCCCAGGGCACAGCUUCCCCCCCACAGCUACCAGGUGAGGUUCUGGAGACAAUUGGCCCGAUAGGGGACACAGCCCAGGCUAAGGAGCUGGAUCUGAGUGAAGAGACUGAGUUCGAGUCGGUGGAGUCCUCCCUGUUCACAGAUGCCAACUACCCGCCCCCUGCAGGGACACUCCUAACACUACCACAGCUGGGAGAGGGGGCUGAGCCCAUCCCAGGGGCUGAGAUCCGUCAGAGACACGUCUGCUCCAGCUCCUGAGGGCACCAUGGCAUCUUCCCCCCCACCCCCAAAAAAACCCAAAACGCUGGCCUUGUUCCCCGGGCUCCCAGCUCAUGUUUACAUUCCAGCCUCCUGGCCCCUCACUUGGAACUGUUGUAAUUUUAAUAAACCACCUGCUAACG